AUGACCGUCAACAGUUUCAAGGCAAGACUUGUGGCCAAAGGAUUCUCACAGAAAUUUGGAGUUGACUAUGAAGAAACUUUCGCACCGGUGGCCAAGUUCACAUCGAUUCGUGUUGUGCUCAGUAUGGCCGCUAAGUACGGCCUAAUGCUGCAUCAGAUGGACGUCAAGACAGCGUUUCUUAACGGCUCCCCCAACGAAGACAUCUACAUGGACCAGCCGGACGGAUACCUGGAUGCAACACAGCCGGACUAUGUGUGCAAGCUAAAGAGAUCACUCUACGGCUUGAAGCAAUCGCCUCGCAUGUGGAACCAAACAAUCGAUGGGUUCAUGAUCAAGAUGGGAUUCAAGAAGUGCGAAUCGGACCACUGCAUCUACAUCAAGCGAGACGACCAAGACAUGAUUCUCGUGGUGCUCUACGUCGAUGAUCUCAUCCUGGCCAGCAGCAACAACGAACUCCUCAAGUCAACCAAGAUGGCGCUGAGCAAACGCUUCGAAAUGACGGAUCUCGGUGAGCUCGAUUACUUUCUCGGCAUGGAGAUCAAGAACGACCGUAAGACGGGAAUGGUGACUGUACAACAAACCAAGUUUCUCAAGUCCGUGUUAACCAAGUUCGGAAUGGAUAACAGCAAGCCAGUGAAGACGCCUCAAGAUCCCGGCCUGAAGCUAACCAAGAACAUGUGUGAACAAGAAUGCAAGCACGAAGACACCAUGUGCAACGUGCCAUAUCGAAGUGCUGUCGGAGGCAUCAUGUAUCUCAUGGUCGCCACACGUCCGGAUCUAGCUGCUGCAGUGGGAUCAUUAUCCCAGUUCUCGUCCGACCCAUGCCCGACUCACUGGCAAGCUUUGAAGCGUGUGCUGAGAUACCUGCAAGCAACGCCCAAUCAUGGUCUUGAGUUUACACGUGAAGAAGGAAGCCGUAUCUGCGGGUACACCGACGCAGACUGGGCCGGCGACAUUGAGUCAAGACGAAGUAUAAGCGACUAUGUGUUCAUGAUGAGCGGAGGAUGCAUCAGCUGGAAAAGCCAGAAACAACGGACGGUCGCGCUAUCUUCAACAGAAGCAGAAUACAUGGUGUUGCAUUGUAGAUCGGAGCGAGGAAAGCGGAGCGAACGGAGCGGAGAGACCGAAGAGAGUAGAGCAGAAAACACUUGCCCAAUAGUUUGA